AUAAAAGAAAAAAAAUAGCGUAAGAUGACAGUCUUAGGUGAUGACGGCUCUGCAACGAAGAGACAAAAGGAAACGAAGAAACAAAGAGCGUUCUUUUCUGUUUAAAACUCAUCACCAAACAAUAAACAGCGUGUUAGGGUUUUUGUUUAUCUGAUCGUUUUUGGCUUCGAUUCCAUGCUUUCACCCCCACCGUAGCGGGCGGGGGGUUUCCCAGGCCACCGUCAAAUGUCUCUAGUUCAAUCCCCAACCGUUGAUUGCACCACCACGGCUGUCAACGGCCACGAUCACCACCGUGUCUCGACCAAACGCAAAUUUGACGAUUACGCUCCGAGUUUGGACGACGAUGACGACUUCAAUUUCAACGACUUAGUCUCCGUCAGGAUGCGAAAAGACGAGUCUCUCGCCGUCGAUUCAUCUUCCGCCGGAAAGAAUCAAUCUUCUUCGCCUUCUCCGUCUGCUCAUCUCGAUACACGUGUCUCAGAUGCGAAAUCUGCACAUUUCUCGUGCUCCACCUCUCCCCCAGGUCCCACUAGGUCAGCCUCUAGGGUUCAGUUUUUUAUAAGAAUGAUUUCCGAUGGUAAUCAUAUUGUUAUACAUGCGAAUUCAGAUGAUACAGUGAAAUCAAUUCACGAGCGGAUUAAGAUAAUAACUGGAAUUCCAGUUAUGGAACAGAGGUUAAUUUAUAAAGGGAAGCAACUUCAGUGGGAGCAGUCCCUCGCUCAGUGUUCGAUUCAAAAUGACGCUGGUCUUCAUUUAGUUGGCCGGAUGAGAAGUACUAAGCAUCCCCAGACUUGCCAGUUGAUUGAUGAUAUGGUCUCGUUCAUUUCUCGGCUUUGCAAAGCUGGAUUACCUUGUUAUCCUUAUGCAUCCAAACACAUUAAAAGUCUGAUGAAUGAAUUCUUUAGUUUAACGCCUAAAGAUGAUAAUGAGUCUGCGAUUGGUCAUCUUCAGAUUUUUAUGUUAUCGUCCGCUCCAGCUGCUUUAGUUAUGCUUUAUGUUUCAAACAUUAAAGGGAAUAAGGAGUGCGCUGAGAGUUCAAUCAGGCAUUUUCUGAGUUCGUGUAGGAGUUCCUUGCCCAAAUCUUUGCAUACGCAAUGUGCACCUAUAGUUUUAGAGUUUUGUAAGUUGCUUAGGAAUGUUGCUUAUAAUGACCCCUUGUAUCUCUGCUGUCGGAGUAGUCUCGGAUCUUUGUUGGAGAGCAUGGGGGUUUCGCGAGGGUUGGUGAAGUAUGGUUGUGGUGCAGAGGAUGUAAAGGGAUUGAUAAUACAAGAUAUUUUCCCAUUUGUCAGUGAAUUAGCUGGUAGGUUGUCUGCAGAGCUGGAGUCAACUGUGAAGUCUGAAACUAGUUUGGGGCCGUUGGCAAGUGAUGUUCGGGACUUUUCGGCUUUCUUACUACCUUUGCAUACUACUAUUAGAGAGCAAGUUGGUUUUAGAGGUCCUAUUUCCAUGCCUUUGGACAAGAGUGGUUUUAGUCAUCCAUUAUAUGCAGAAGAAAUUGAGAAUCUUUAUGAUAUUUUUGUUGAUUUAAUGAUGAAGAUGGACUGGUGUCUUACUAAAAUGGAGGAUUUCUUGCCUAUGAAACCAAAUGGAGAAGGCGAGUCUGCUUGCACAAGAUGGUCUCAGUAUCUUGCCAUUUUGAAGGAAUUGAAUAACAUUGCCAAACAUUAUAAAAAAGCUGAAGAAGAGUUUUGGUCAGUUUUAAAGCGUACUAAGGCUUCCUUAUGUGUUCUCAUUGUUAAAUAUGCAAAACGAAAUGAUGAUAAUCAAUGGCUUCUUCAGCAUAAAGAUGUGACUGAUUUUGAGUCCAGAAGACAUCUGGCCAUGAUGAUGUUCCCUGAGGUGAAAGAAGAUUAUGAGGAGCUGCAUGAGAUGCUGAUUGACCGAUCACAAUUGUUGGCAGAGUCAUUUGAGUACAUUGCACGUGCAGAACCUGAAUUACUUCAUGGAGGUCUAUUUAUGGAAUUCAAAAAUGAGGAAGCUACUGGUCCAGGUGUAUUGCGCGAGUGGUUUUUCUUGGUUGUCCAAGCUUUAUUUAAUCAACAAAAUGCCCUCUUUGUUGCAUGUCCAAAUGAUCGCAGAAGAUUCUUUCCUAAUCCUGCAUCUAAGGUGGAGCCUUUGCACCUUGAUUAUUUUACCUUCUGUGGUCGAGUGAUUGCGUUAGCAUUGAUGCAUAAAGUGCAAGUGGGAAUUGUCUUUGAUCAUGUGUUCUUCUUGCAAUUGGCCGGAAGGCAUAUUUCUUUGGAAGACAUACGUGAUGCAGAUCCAUGCUUAUACACUAGCUGCAAGCAGGUUCUUGAGAUGGAUGCUAAUUUUAUUGAUUCAGAUGCUUUAGGAUUAACAUUUGUUAGAGAAGUUGAGGAAUUGGGAUCCAGGAGAAUUGUGGAACUUUGUCCUGAUGGGAAGAGCAUUUCUGUAACUAGCAAGAACAGAGAGGAAUAUGUUAAUCUUCUCAUCCGACACCGCUUUGUCAUAUCUAUCUCUGACCAGGUAUCUCGUUUUGCACGUGGUUUUGCUGAUAUUUGUAAUUCAGGGCUCCAGACAUUCUUUUUCCAAAGUUUAGAGCUUGAAGAUCUUGAUUGGAUGCUAUAUGGAAGUGAAAGUGCAAUCAGCAUUGAAGAUUGGAAGGCGCAUACCGAGUACAAUGGCUACAAAGAAACCGAUCCUCAGAUAUCUUGGUUUUGGAAGAUUGUUGGGGAAAUGUCAGCAGAGCAGAGAAAGGUUCUUCUGUUCUUUUGGACUUCCGUGAAGUAUCUACCUAUCGAAGGCUUCCGUGGUUUGGCAUCUCGACUAUAUAUUUACAAGUCCCCGGAGCCGCAUGAUCGCCUUCCUUCAUCUCAUACAUGUUUUUAUCGGCUGUGUUUCCCACCUUACUCCUCCAUGGCUGCAAUGCAAGACCGUCUCAAUGUCAUUACACAAGAGCAUGUUGGCUGCAGUUUUGGUACUUGGUGAAGUGGUAGUUUCUGGGGGUUACAUCUGCCUGUGGCAUGAAAAGUGGGGUUUUUCUUAACUGCACAUAGAUUUGUACUCAGCUUUGUACAGAUAGGAUCUUUGUCAUCGAUUUUCAUUAGACUUAUAUUAUAUGUAAGGAGGUGCUUUUAGUUUAUUUAUGUGUCCGUCUCUGUCAAAAAGGUCGUGAUGUCAUUGCUCUUUUUGCCCAACUGUUCAUAUAGGUAUAGCGUAAAUAAUGUUGGAGGCCAGAAGGAAUAAGAUUUCUCUGCUUCCAUCGUCUUUCCUUCUCUAGCCUUCUCUUUAUGACCUGUAAGUACACAGAUUAUGCAAUGACAUCCAAAUUAAUAGAAAGAUUAAUUGAUCUCUCA